AUGAGAUCGAUUCCAGAGAAUCUAGAUUUAAUUAUUCAAGUUGUUCGAAUUUAUGAUUUCACAAAUAACGUUUACAAUACAGAAAAGGAAAACGAAAUAAUAAUUAGAUCAUUUGAUCAUAAUUUAGAUGAAAAAUUCCCUCUAAAGUCAAAUGCUAAUAUUGAACUACAUUCUCAGUAUGGAACAGCAAUUUCGGAGGUUGAAAGUAAUAAUUUAGAUAACAAUAAUAUUGAAAGCAAUUAUUUGAGCUAUAAUAAUAAUAAUGGAGAUAAUAAAAAUAGUCUUUAUUUAAGCUGCUUUGGAGAUAUUAAUACUAUCCCAGUCUCAAAAGUUUUAAAUGAUAAAAAUCACUGGUCUAUUAAACUAUACAUUCAAAGAUUAAUAAAACAAACUGCAAAGGAUCGUAGAAAUUUCAUGCAAAAUAAUUAG